AUUGCGCUGCAACUAUUUUUAAAUUUCUGCAAGCAUGGCCCGCUGUACGAGUAUAGCUUUGUUAAUAUAUCUAUUUGCCUAUGAAGUUUCAGCCACCACGACAACUUAUUCCAAAUUUUUAACGUUUAGUGAAAACCCUUGCAAUUAUUGUAGUACACACAUAGCUUGUAGAAACACAUGGAAAUUUCCCGACUCUUGUAAUCUGAAUGCAGAAUUCGUAACAAUGACACCUGAAUUGCGAAACUUUUUGAUGGACUUACAUAACGAACGCCGUAAUAUUUUAGCUGGAGGCAAUCAAAAAGGUUACCUACCUGCGGUUCGCAUGGCUACAAUGUCCUGGAAUUAUGAAUUUGAAUAUCUAUCUGCUUUGAAUCUUUUGCAAUGCGAUUUGAAACACGAUAAAUGUCGCCGAACACCCACCCAUCCCUAUGUAGGACAAAAUUUGGCAUCUCUGACAUGGAAUACGAAGGAAUUAAGCAUUGAGGAGAUACUCACAUUGCUGGUGGAUUAUUGGUACAAAGAACACCAAUAUAUAACAAUGGACCAUAUCAAAUAUUUUCCGCGAGCGAAUUUACCACAUGCAAUUGGACACUUCACCCAGAUGGCUCAAGAGCGUGCAAAUGAAGUCGGUUGUGCCGUAAUGCGUCAUUCGAGCGAAGACCUAAGGCAUGUGCUCUUGGCUUGCAAUUAUUCAUUUGCAAACUUCUACAAUGUGACCAUCUAUAGACAUGGAUCUGCGGCCUCUAAAUGCCAGACAGGGGUUAACACAAAAUAUACAAAUCUAUGUUCGGCUAGGGAAAAAUAUAACACUAGUAGCUUGGUUUACUAGAAACAAGGAAAAUACAAUUUCGGUAUAAACAAAAAAUUAAAUUUUAAUAAAAUUAUUAACGUUGAACAAAAUUUUAAAAUAUGUUAAAAAUUUUAA